CACUCAGUAAACUCGGCACAAACAGUCCCUAUCAAGACUCCCUCUCAGAGACCACAGAAAUUAACGGAAAAACAAAAAGGUAAAAGAACCCUCCUUAAUACACACGCGCACAAACUCUCAUUCACGCACAACCCAGAUUUUACUUUUUUUUAUUUUUGGGAAAAAGAACCCUCCCUCCUUCCCAGUGCAUGAUCUUGUCAAGAUUUUGACUUAUAUAGUUACUAUCGAGAUUUUUGGGAUUUAUUUGUGGGAAGAGAUGAUGAACAGUGCGGCGAGUAAUAAUAUGAUGUCCUCUGCAUCGGCGUCUGGGAACAACGCGCAGGCCCCGCCGGGUUUGAAGACGUAUUUCAAGACCCCAGAGGGAAAAUAUAAGCUUCAGUAUGAGAAGACUCACCCCGCCGGCCUUCUUCACUAUGCCCAUGGCAAAACUGUGACUCAGGUGACGCUGGCUCAUCUUAAGGAUAAGCCAAUGCAGGCACCAUCACAAUCAUCAUCAAGUUUGGGUGUAAGCAGUGGUGUGAGGUCAGCAGCAGCGAGGUUAUUGGGUGGGGGUAAUGGGAGUAGGGCACUUAGUUUCGUUGGAGGGAAUGGUGGAAGUAAGCCAAUGAGUGGCAACACUACUAGAAUAGGAUCAUUAGGGGCUUCAAGUACGAGUAAUAUGGUUGGUAAUCUGAACUUUGAUGGAAAAGGAACUUACUUGGUGUUCAACGUCGGUGAUGCAAUUUUCGUGAGUGACUUAAAUUCUCAGGAUAAGGAUCCUAUAAAGUCUAUACAUUUUAGUAAUUCGAAUCCUGUUUGCCACGCAUAUGAUCCUGACGCAAAAGAUGGACAUGAUUUGCUUAUUGGUUUGAACUCUGGAGAUGUUUAUUCCGUAUCUCUGAGACAGCAAUUGCAAGAUGUUGGGAAGAAGCUUGUUGCUGCUCAACAUUAUAAUAAAGAUGGUUCGGUUAACAAUAGUCGUUGUACUUGUGUUGCAUGGAUUCCCAAUGGUGAUGGCUCAUUCGUAGUUGCUCAUGCGGAUGGGAAUAUGUAUAUAUAUGAAAAGAAUAAAGAUGGUUCUGGUGAUCCUUCAUUCCCAGUGAUCAAGGAUCAAACACAAUUUUCUGUAUCACAUGCACGCUACAGUAAGAAUCCAGUUGCUAGAUGGCACAUAUGCCAAGGUUCAAUAAAUGGCAUUGCUUUUUCAGCAGAUGGUGCUUAUAUAGCAACUGUAGGAAGGGAUGGUUACUUGCGAGUCUUUGAUUACAAAAAUGAACAGCUUAUAUGUGGUGGAAAAAGCUAUUAUGGUGCUCUUUUGUGUUGUGCUUGGAGCAUGGAUGGAAAAUACAUCUUGACUGGAGGUGAGGAUGACCUUGUUCAAGUCUGGAGUAUGGAAGAAAGAAAGAUUGUAGCAUGGGGUGAGGGACACAACUCAUGGGUUAGUGGAGUGGCGUUUGAUUCAUACUGGAAUGCUCCAAGUUCAGAUGGUGUGGGUGAAAAUGUCGUUUAUCGCUUUGGUUCUGUUGGCCAGGACACACAAUUGCUCUUAUGGGAUCUAGAAAUGGAGGAGCUCGUAGUGCCAGUUCGUCGUGCCCCUGGCGGCUCUCCUACUUUCAGCACUGGAAGUCAGUCGUCUCACUGGGACAACGCUUGCCCUGUCGGCACCUUGCAACCUGCUCCGAGCAUGCGAGACGUUCCAAAGCUCUCUCCCCUGGUAGCUCAUCGUGUCCACACAGAACCUCUCUCUGGUCUAAUAUUCACUCAGGAAUCUGUUCUUACAGUUUGCCGGGAGGGCCACAUAAAAAUUUGGAUGAGACCAGGUUUGUCUGAGAGCCAAUCAAGUAACUCUGAUUCUUUAUCGAGUACAAGCUUGAAGGAAAAGCACUCGAUAUCAGGAAAGGUGGCCGGUUCUAGUUACAAAUAAUGACUCAAGAAUCAAUGUUGUGUGGAUAAAGCUUUUGCAAUUCUAGUUGGAAUGAAGAGUGCUGCUUUUGCCAUUUGCACAGUUUUUACUGAAAAUGACAGAGCAUAUGAUAAACUCAUGUGCAGUAAGAUUAACUGACAUUGUACAGGCAGAGGGCUAAAAGUGCCUUUGGAGUCACCAUGAGAUUGAGAUAGAGUGCGCAACCACUUUGUAAGUAUGAGAGAGCUGUCAGAGCAACAUUUAGCGAUCGAUCAAAUAAUUGAAGUUGCGCCUUUGACAUUCUUUGUUCCUUCCCAUUUCCUUGUUCUUAGUGGUCCACUUUCCAUGGCCAUUUUUGCCACAGAAUAGCUAAAUCUAUAUGAAUGUCUUAAACUUGAUUGGCUGGACUCGCCUUUGACCUAACAGAAUACUUCUUCUUAUUAGCUUGUUCUGGGAGUUAAUCGUUUUAGACUAUACUAUAUAUGACUGAUAUUGUGCAUGA